AUGGUGAGAGAGAGAGACAUGAUGGGCACAUACUCAUCAUCAAGAGGGUGUGGUGGUGGGGGAGACAUGAAUGAGAAACCUGCAUGGCUAGAGAGGUUGAUGGCUGAGACAUUCUUUGGUGGUUGUGGGGUCCACGAGGAUCGCAGGAAGAACGAGAAGAACGUCUUUUGCUUGCACUGUUGCCUUAGCAUCUGCCCCCACUGCCUCUCUUCCCACCGUUCUCACCCUCUCCUCCAGGUGCGAAGGUAUGUUUACCACGACGUGAUUCGAUUAGAUGAUCUGGAAAAACUCAUUGAUUGUUCCAAUAUUCAGCCCUAUACUAUAAACAGUGCCAAAGUAAUAUUCUUAAAUCAGAGGCCACAAUCAAGGACAUGCAAAGGUCCUGCCAAUGCUUGCUUCACCUGUGACAGGAUUCUUCAGGAGCCAUUUCAUUUCUGUUCUCUAUCGUGCAAGGUUGAUUACAUGGUGUACGCGGGUCAAAGCUUGUCCAGCAUUCUACAUCGAUUCGAUGAAUCUGAUUUUGCAAUAUCGCAGUUCGAGGGUCUAAGAGUGGAUGGCUCAGAGGUUAUUGAUGAAGAUACCCAAAUUGCCCCUAGCUCUUCUUACUCCAACACGGAAGCCACCAGCAAUUCCGUAAUUUCCAGUGAACCUAAUAACAACGUGAAGAAGGGCAAGUCCAACAGCUUCCUUCCUGGGAUUGUCCUCUCUCUUGGCAGCAGAAGAAAGGGUGCCCCUCACAGGGCCCCUCUCUCCUGA